UGUGCCUCAUCUGCCGCCACUUCUGUAGCGGUAGCUAACGCGGACACAAUCAAAUGCGCGUUUUGGUGUUGCCUGAAUCAUCUGUUCUCCAGCGCUGCACCAUUAAAAUAUCCAGUUUCUAAAAAUAAUCCAAGAAUUGUAUACCUGUUCCUGGCAUCCUUACAAUUGUAAGAUAAAUAGGGAGGCCUGGGCCCUAACAGGCACAAAGGACAUGAAGCUCACGGACAAUGUGUUGCGGAGUUUCAGGGUAGCUAAGGUGUUUCGAGAGAAUUCGGACAAAAUCAACUGUUUUGACUUCAGUUCGAAUGGCGAGACGGUGAUAUCAAGCAGCGACGACGACUCGAUAGUCUUAUAUGACUGUCAGGAGGGAAAACCAAAGCGAACCCUGUACAGCAAGAAGUAUGGAGUGGACCUCAUUAGAUACACACAUGCAGCCAACACAGUUGUCUACAGUUCAAACAAAAUUGAUGACACUAUUCGGUACCUUUCUCUACAUGACAACAAGUACAUCCGGUACUUUCCUGGACACAACAAAAGGGUGGUGGCGCUCUCCAUGUCACCUGUGGAUGAUACCUUCAUCUCUGGCUCGCUGGACAAAACAAUUAGACUUUGGGACCUCCGCUCCCCGAACUGUCAGGGCCUGAUGCACCUACAGGGGAAGCCAGUGUGUUCCUUCGACCCAGAGGGGCUGAUCUUCGCAGCAGGGGUCAACUCCGAGAUGGUGAAGCUUUAUGACUUGCGUUCAUUUGACAAGGGUCCCUUUGCCACUUUUAAGUUGCCCUAUGAACGCACGUGUGAGUGGACCGGCCUGAAGUUUAGUAAUGACGGGAAGCUGAUCCUGGUUUCCACCAAUGGGGGAACACUGCGCCUCCUGGAUGCCUUCAAGGGGGCUGUUCUUCAUUCUUUUGGGGGCUACAACAACAGCAAAGGGGUGAUUCUGGAGGCUUCGUUUACGCCGGACUCUCAGUUUAUAAUGAUCGGCUCUGAGGACGGCAAGAUCCACGUUUGGAAUGCAGAGAGUGGGAUGAAGGUGGCUUUGCUGGAUGGCAAACACACAGGACCCGUCACCUGUCUACAGUUUAACCCCAAGUUCAUGACUUUUGCCAGCGCCUGCUCCAACAUGGCUUUCUGGUUACCAACCAUUGACGAUUAACAGCAGUUCAGACUGCAAAGGAGAACGAGUGCCACCUUACAAUGGCUGAAUACAGGAUGUUCCACUCCAAGACAAGAGGGGGCAGUGUUCAUGUGGCUUCUUUCCCCCUGGAGUUGCAAUUCUCAGUUGGACUUAAGAAUUACUCGCUUAAGGAUGUAAAUAGGUUAUCAUCAGGAGAUUCAUAUGUUGUUUGAUGUUUGAUUAUGUUCCUUUUUAUAUUGUUAUCAAUAAAUCAUUUAAUCUGAAAGUGUA